GUUUGAAUGUCUGUUCUGUUCCUUUAAGCCUGGCACUUCAGCCUGAGUUUUGAGACUUUGGUGUCGUUGCUUGUCGGUCGGAAACGAAGGUUCAUUUCUUGUUCUAUUCGUGUUGCUCUGGUAGCUUGCCAGCUGGAUCUGGGUUUUACAUUCGUUUUUAUUUUCCCUUUGACGAUUUUUUUAAGCUGUUAGUAGGCAUGGGUUGUGGGACGUUUGUGUUGGCCGGGUUCAGGACUUUGGCUGCGGUGGUUGCGUUGGGGGUUGUCGGGCUUGGAGCUUGGGCGCUGACAAUUAUCCACGAUGUCGAGGUACGCGGAAACGCUGUCCUGGAUACUGUGCUACUGGAUGCAUCGAAGGAAGAUACGUGGGAGGAUUUCUUCGAUGCCGCGGUUGGAAGCCAGAUGAGGAUUUGUGUAGCCAUUGCUGCUGGCUGUUUCUCCUUUCUAACCGGCACCUUCAUCAUCCUCUCGCUCAAGUCCCAACGCCUAAAAGUCUCGCCAUACCUCCUCGUCCCUCUCGAGUUCCUUUGCAUGCUCGCCAUGGCCGCAGCCUUCGCCACCACUCUCACCCUCGCCCUAAAGCUAGACGGAAUCUGCAGCGGUCUCGAUAUAUCCUCUUCUACAGACCUCCGGGGAUUCGAGAUGCUAUGUCCACUUAGCAAAGGGUAUUCUAUCGGCGGAGGGGUUGGAUUACUCCUCCUAGUUAUAACAUCCCUGUCGGCAAUAGUCUCUCUCUGCCACCGCGCCCGCAACUCCAAAACCUGCGACUUCGAACCCAGCGCCUCAGCGCUCGGCAUGGGGCACGACUACCAAGCUGUAAAGCCGCAGGCUCCACGCUCCACUAUCCCGACGAUUUACGAUCCUUUCAAACCCGUGCCUGGGGAUCGGAAAUCGCCUUUGCUGGCAGGGAAAAGCCAGGAUGACGAUGAGAGGGUUCUUACGACUGGGGCUGCCGGUAUGGGGAGGAGGGAUUCGGAGCUUAGUGAGAGAAGUAGAGAUGGAGAGGAAGAGAAGCAGAUUUCAGGACCGUUGGGGCUGGAGAAACCGGAGGCGGUGAAGCAGUUGAGACCGGCGCAUCGGCCGUGGAGUGAAAUGCCGAAGAGGUAGAAUGAGGGCGUGAGUGAG